AUGGCUGAUGACCUCAGUGCAACGGAGUCGGCUUCUUUCGAUCAAACACGCCAAUUCAACCCUUCUCAACAGCCAAUUCAUUCCAAUGAUCCCGAUGCAGAUGUGAAGAAGAAAAUCGUGCUUUUCAACCUCCUAGAACCAUUUGGCGAUGAUCAGAUGAAAGAGCAAGCCGAUCGGAAUGCUUUUCAUCAAGUUUUAUGUGCGAUCAACGCGGAAGGUCUGGCCGAAAAUAUUCGUGAGAUCAAACGAGAAGGACGAUUUGAACAAAAUGGACGACCUCGUCGUGUAAUUGUGACAUUUACCGAUGAAAAUGUGCAACGAAUCGUUGUCGAAUGUGCGCCGCAACUCUCAAAGACUCGUCAACUGAAACAUCUAGCGCUUUAUGCUUACAAAUCACCGGCACAACGGUUCGAACCACUUCCGAAACAACAAACGAAACGUCAAAACAACAAAACACAGCCGACGAGAGCGGAUGGGUAUCACGGUGGCACUUCUCGGAAGGUUCCCGAUCAAAAGUUCGAGCAAAGAGGCAAGAAAGAACCACGACCUCAACGUCCACCGCGAUCUGAUUCGCCUCGACUUUCAAAAAACAGCCAUGCUGGGAACUUGUACGAGAGUACGACAAAUCCUUCGAAUGGCAAGUAUGUCGCUCGAUCGGAACCUCCGCGCCCCAUUUUGCCGCAACGUUCCGAAACAAAUAUCCCUCUCCAUUCCCAGCCUCCAUCCAGCAUUCCGCUGGCUCCAAAACAAUCGAAUGGGAAUCCUUUACAGAGAGUUGAAAUCUCAAACUCUAAAAACCGUCAUAAACAACACGGAAAACCUUCGAACGUGCAAUCCAAUGAUGUGAACCCAAAAUAUCCACAACGAAUCUUCCACAACUCUUUCAGAUUUGGACACAAUGGCGCUAGGUCAGGCAAUGGUCAACAAAAUGGAAUGAACGGACAACACCUUGCAAAUCAGCAAGCACCAUUUCCACAGCAAAUGUUCAACAAUGCUUUUGGUUUUGCACCAAAUUUUGCCCCGCCAGGAAAUCCUCAACCAGUUCCACCAAUGCCUUUCAACCCAAUGAUGAUGAUGCAAAUAGCAUUAUUUUGUGGAAUGGUCUCUAGACUUCCUUCCUCUAAUGACGCACAAGAUGCUGCGACUCCUCAAUUUCCCCACACUUCACCGGUGCCGAUGGAAACUGAUGACAUUGAGCUUGAAGCACCGACUUUGCCACUCGCCAGAAAAUCCGAUACUGAUCAACGAAACGCUGUCGAUUCGCUCAACGGACGUCAAGAUGUGAAUUUGAUUCGUGAAGCCCAACUGAACGCCCACAAUAUCAAUGCCCGUCUACAAGAUCUAUCACCCGAACAACAAGAACUCUACUUGAAAACUUUUAGCAAGAAUUUGUGGAGAGAAGACAAACAAGAUGAUUUCUCGAAGAGGCCAUUGGAGAAAGCUGUGGAUGACUUCAUUCUUUUGGAUCUUUCGGUUGAGAUUCCGCCAAUUGAAAACAGCCAAUCAAGUGAUUGCAAUUCAUCAAAUGAUCCACAAAGCUUCCUGAAUCGAGAAACCACAAGCGGACCAAUUGCUGCUGAUAUUUACAAAGACAACAAUCCAAGAAAACUUUUUGGAACUUCUCAAUUGCCUCUUGAGCGAGAAUUCGAGGAACAAGAUGUCGUCUCAGCUGUAAAGCCCUUAUCUUCCUUUACCUCCUCAAACACUUCAUUCCACGGGUGCCAAACAAAUGUACAACAACUUGUCAAGCAAUUUGAAAAAGCUCCGAAUACUGAUUGGCCUCCAAGGUUGAGCUAUGACUUGAAAUCGACUCAAAUUAAAUCCCCGCCAGCUUUCGAAGCUCCAACUUACGAAGAUUCUCAAUGUUCUGAAAAUUCAAGAUAUCGACAAAUUUCUGACUCAAAUCAGAAAUCUUACUAUCCAACCAUUGAAACUGAGAGGGAAAAUGGAAAUGGAUCAGUUGCAGAGCUGAAAGAAUACUCACCGAUGACUCCAAUUGGUUUGGGCUUCUCUGCUCAGCGAGGUUCAUCGGAACUGGAUUGGCAGAAGGAAGAGCUGAUGCAAGCUGAGAACAAUGUUGAAGAAUUGCGGAGAUUGGCAACGAUUCGAGUGACUUCAAUGGAAAUCUUACCGCUAUCGAUGCCCCAAACCGUUUGUCGGAGUCAAAAAUGUGCAAAGUAUGAAAGGAUUGAUGGAAAAGAAACGUUGAUCUACAGGGUAUGCCACAAAGAUUGCAAACUGGGCGAUAAUAGAAAGCGAGACGGAUGUAUGGUCUUUAAUUACAAUUUCUGCAAUAAAUGCUCCUGUCACAUAAAUGAUCACGAGCGAAUCUCGUACGAACAACGAAUCACCACAAAAUCUCUGGAAAACCCACAAAAACUCGCCUCAGAAGCGAAUGCUGCCGAGAUGAAGAAAAGCUCCAUUCGAAAAUUUGAGCGACUCAUCAGUGGAUUUCAAAAAGAAUCCAACUACAUUCUAGUUGCAAUGGCAACUUUUUCUGCUUUCCUUGCUGAAAAUGGAAUCACUCAGAAAACGAAUCUCUUUGAACAACACUUACAGAAGCUGAUUGUUGCCGAAGACAAGAAAAUGAGAAGCGUAGCUGGGGUGGAUGCGGAUGAAUUCAAUCGAUUGCUCGAACUCAGUGUGACUUAUGGAGAUAUUUGCAAACAAUUUGUUCAUCAACGAGACCCGGCAAAGAUCUCACUUGAUGAGCUGCAAGAAAUUCGACAAAAGUUGUUCUCUUUGCCGCUGAAUGGCGCAAUGAUUGCACAGAUUUUCGAUAUUCAUGUGAAGACCGAUCAUCAGGAUUAUGAGGCAACUGUGACACGCUGCCAGAAAUCGAUGUUUCAAUCGAUGCCUCACUUGCAAAACAGCGCUUUCCUCUCAUCGGAUUCGUCGGAUGCCGAGAACGAGGAUUUCGAGCAAAUCGCAAAUCCUCGUCCAGUGCCCGUGUUGACCGCUCUCUCGCCACCGAUGCAUCAACAAAUGUUCAACUCUUCAUCGGCGAUUUCUCAAGAAUCUGACGCUGCACCGCAAGCAAACGAUUCUGGCCGUCAAACGAUGUCCUGCCAAUUGUUUCCUGCCGGGAUUCGAAUUGCACCUACUUCAAAUUUGCCGCAAUUCCAACCAGCUCCACAUUCAAACAAUGCCGGGCCUCCGAAUUUUGCUGACAAUCGGAUGCCAUCGAAUUUCAAGCAAUUCCCAAUGGUCUCCCCGCAACCGGGCUUUCCUCCAGCAGUAACUCCUCAAAUGCCACCUCAAGUUCAACAGAUGCCCAACGGAAAUAUGAUGGGAUUCAUGCAGGAUCCAAAUUUUAUGCAACAAAUGAUGCUCUUCAUGCAACAAAUGCAGCUGCAAGCGCAACAAUCGAUGCAACAAAAUGGGGCAUUCAAUCCCAAUCCAGCUUUCCCGGGCUAUGGAAUGCAACCAAUGCAAGGCAUCCAACAGCUACCCCAGCCUCCACCCGCUUACUCAGCAUCACAAACUCCCGCUCCACAGAAAUCCAAGCCAAAACCACAAAAUGGCAAGCCAAGCUCUUCGAAGAAUCCACCAAAAUAUGUGGAAAAGUCGAUUGAGGAAGAGGAAAAAUGCAUCAAAGCUGGAGGGGAUCGGACGAAAUUGGCCAAUUUGAAGCGUUGCUUGGACGAGUAUCGACAGGAACGAGCCGCUAUCGAGCACGCCUUGCAAUCCGGCGGAAACCAUCAGCAACAGAUCACCACUGAUGAUGUCAAGAAUAUGAAAGCCAUCCUCUUCGCAUUGCCUCAUUUUGGAGCAAAACUCAAAGAACUCUUUGAGCAAACAGUGCGCGGAUAUUCGAUGAAUCAACAAAAAAGCGUGCAAAAGUUUGCCCCACCAACGUACACUGCAGCCUCUUCUUCUGGUGGUGGAAAGAAACGUGGUCUCAUCGACAAGCUUCGCCGCAUCUUCCCCAAA